UAGGGUAAAAAACGAAAUUUAUGGAAAGUUGGCGAGAUGAUGACGGUGGGUGCUGCCACCUGCGUGGAGGGCGUGGCGCUAGUUCUAUCGGAGUUUAGUUUAACGAGAGCUUUGGCACGCGUCGCACAACUCUGGAGCAGCACUCGUGUCGCUUCGGCCAGCCGCGUGAGAGUGAGAGAGAGAGGGUGGGAGGAGCGCGAGAGGUGAACGAUGGUGAAGGAAGAGAGAGGUGAGAAACGGUGAACGCGAGCAAGAUAGAGAGAAAGGACAACGACGAGAAGACCAAGGGGAAUACGAGACGGAAAAGGACAGAUUUAUAGAGCGGAUUGAGUAUAUACGAUAAGAAGCAGUGAGACGGGUGUAUGAGUGUAGAGGAGAAGAGGAUUGACGACGACGAUGAGGAAAGAAAAGUAAUGAACGCGAAGAUGAAUGAAGAACCAUUCGGAUGCAGUUGAUAUUGCGGCGAUGAGGAAGGUUCCCGAGUGGAGGACGCGGUACGCGUUGGCGCCGCCAGAACGAAGGAUAGCAGAUUUGAAAUCACAGUGCUGAUCGUAGAGACGAGGAAAGCACAGAAGCGGCAGUGACCAUGGCGCCCCUGCUCGCAUGUAAACAGUGCUUCAUGCUCGAUGCACGCUUCGAGAAUAACGUACCUAGUGCCAGCAUUCUUACGGAGAAUAAACAUAGUUAUAGUGGUUGUCACCGUAAUCGUUAUCGUUACUUCUCACGUUCCAGUCGAUUUCCCCGAAUCCGAUGAACAACCAUCGAAAUCGCAAUCGAGAAGUUGCCGAAAAUAUCGCAGACGUCCUGAGGCAAGACGGUAUGGACGGUAGAGACGAGUCAUGAUCCUCGUCCUGCCGCGUCACCGUUAUCCUCAUCCUCGUCCUCGCCGUCGUCGUGGUGGUUGUCGUCGCCGCCGCCGCCGCGCGAAACCGUGCUCCGGUCGUUUGUGUUUGUUGAUUCGUCGUCGAUGCGUCGAACGUGUGUGCGCGUGCAAGACGCUGAACCGAACUUACGAACGACGGUUAAACGUGAUUGAUGCGUGACGCAUUCAACUGAUACCUAACAAGUGGUAACGAAUCCGAGAAACAAGUACGUUUUUUUCCUCGACUUACUUUUUUCUUUUCUUUCCUGUGUAUCUUUUACGAGAUUUUCAUUCGUGUUUGCUUAUUUUCUUCGCAUUCAGUGAUAAUCGAAUAGUGAUCGGAGUACAAAAAAGAAGCACAUAUAACCUAAACGAACAUGUACCGUGAGAAUAGCGCAAGAAUAACGGUGUUAUAACAAAUAUCAUCAAAUUUUACACGUGUGCAAAUUCAUCUUCAACCUUGAACCGUUAUUCGUGCAAAGAAAUUGUCUUGACCUUUUUCUUUUUUGAGAAUUGGAAUUGAUCCGACACGCAAGAGUGAACAUAGUCUGUUGCAUCAAUCACGAAUCUGGGGCCCGUUCGUGUUACGAAACGAGCCGCGAAAUUCAGUGACUCGCACGCUUACGAUAGAAAGAACGUGGUUCGUGCGAGUGUUAACACGCGAACGAUCGAUAAGGAGAAUCGAUCCGAUCGUUGGGCAGUGAGGCAAGUCGAUUGCAAUGGUGUUGCACGAAGUGAUGAUCUUCUGCGUGAUCGAAUUCGGAAGAAACUCAACACCUCUGUGUUGCCCCCUGCUAUUCACUCAUACGUACAGAAGACUGAGGUGUAUUAUUCCGCACUCCAAACAACAUAUCGCUUAUCCACCAUAAGUGGAAGAAGGUGAUGGCCCGUACCACGCGCUCGCGACGAAAAAUGGCGAACACGACUGAUGCUCCCUCGGCCGCGAGCAGCCUUUUGUCGUCCACCACGACAACCCCGUUCACCGGCCCGACAUCGACGACCUACUCCACCGAGGGCUACACCUUCAAUUACAGCGGCUUGCCCAGCCUGGGUGGCUACUCGUUCGAGGACUUGAAUUACACGGAGCUGUGGGUGGACGUAUGGAACAGUACAGAGGCCAGUAACGCGACCGAGAGGUUAAACACCACUGUAUUGUCAUCGGGAGGAGGGUAUUGCGACGAAUGGGAGGCGGCGCAGCACAAACUCUUCCAGGCGGCGAAUCUGUUCUUCGCAGCGGCGUUCCUGGUGCCGCGCUCGUUCAAGGCUUCGGUGUUGGCGCUUCGCACCUUUCUCACGGCCGGGUUCAUGUUGGCCGCCCUAUGGGCCGGGAUCACGAUAUGCGCGUUGGACGCGAUGCUCUGGUGUCUCGCCCUCGGCCUCCUCAACGGCAUCCACUCGCUCAUACUGGCCUGCCGAUUUCUACCGCCCGCGCUCAGCCCGGAGCUCGCCGAGCUCUAUCUCAAACUGUUCAAACCGUACAAGGUCAGCAAACACUUCCAGGAGCUGGCCAAGGAGGCGAGGAUACUGAAGCUGGACUCUGGUCAAACGUACGCGACGGAAGGCGUCACACCUGCCGACGAACGGCUGUCGAUACUGUUGCGUGGCAAGCUGAAGGUGACCUGCGACGGGACGCACUUGCACUACAUCAAAGCUUAUCAGUUCGUGGACUCGCCGGAAUGGGAGGCCACCCACGUGAACAUCAACGACGUGUUCCAAGUGACGAUACGGGCCGAGGAAUCGAGCACCUACAUCUGUUGGACCAGGAUCAAGUUGCUCAGGGUACUCAGGCAUAGGCCUCUGCUCAAGGUCGUCCUCAACACCCUCAUCGGUAAGGACAUUACGUCCAAGUUGUACGCCCUUAACGAGCAGCUCGCUGGUGUCGCCGCGACCAGUGAGACAACCACGUCGAAUCCUUACAGGGGUGUCGCCAGAAGUCUCAGCGUCGACGCUGUAAACACCGAAACUGCCGGAAGAGUACGAUCGACCACGUGGAAGGCACAGAGGAGGCACAGCAAUCCGCGUAGCGACAGGAGCUCCCCGUCACGGUACUCGCACCAGUAUUGGGCGCCCGUCGUGGCCAACCACUUCCCGCCGACCUCGCCGUUCACCCAAGGCCAGAACCUCGGCUACACGUUACUGCCGCAAGGUGUACAGUUCUCGCCACCGCCACGGGCACCCUUCUUCUCCCACCAGCCGUUGACGAGGCAGCGCAGCGGAGGCGCGAGCGGCGAUUACACCCUGCUACCUCAAACACCCAAGCUCGAGAGGAAGCGCUCGAAAAAGGGGACGAGAGAGGUAACGUUCGAGACGCCCGUAUGACGGUCGCUCGACGGGGAGGGCCCUGCGAGCGUACCGCUUCUUUCGCUGUCGCCGCAGCGUUCCGCCUAGCCCCGUCGAGAUGUCUCGCCGCCACGGUUGCGCUCGUCCUCGAGAGAAGGUGGUCCGCCGCGUCGACCGGUUACGGCCUCGAUCGCGCGAUCGUGUCGCGUCAUCCACGGACGACCACCACGGACGCUCCGAGCACAACGCUUUCUCCGAGUGUGCGCCCAUUGUGUGCGUGUGCGCGCGCGUCUGUCUAUCCACGUUUCUUGCAUAACGCGUGUGUCUGUUUACGUACGUAUGCGUGUGUGCGUGCGUGUGUGUAUGCGCGCGCCUCGAACUGCUCUCCGUGAACUCGGUGAUUAAUAAUCGAGCGGCCAACUCUUCAUUCGCGAAAUUCGCCGCUUCGAAACGAAGACGCGCGAAAGAUCAGACCAUGUUCAUAUCCCGCAAGUGCUACUACGACGCCUUACACGUAAUAACUGGUAUAAUUAUUACACGCAGAGAUACGCCACGUGCACCUAAAUACCUAAUAAAUACCGAAAUCUUAAACCGUGUGUUCGCGAUCGAUGUACCGGUGAAAGGAGCGCGCGUGUAUGCUGUUCUCCCAGUCCUUCUUCCUUUUCUUCUUCUUCUUCUUCUUCUUCUUUUUUUUCUUCCUCGUCGAAAUCUGGGAGGGGAAAGUGAGAGACGAGACUUUGGAAACAGUUUGGAAGAAGGAAAAGGUUCUCGGUUCCACUAGGACCGGGAAACUGGGACGAAGAGGAAAGUUAGGGGCGGGCCAGGUGAUGACGAAGGACAAGGAGAAGGGAUCGGGAAGGGAGAAGUCUGUCGAUAAUUGGAAUCACCCGCUCGAUCGUUGGAACGUCGAAAUCCUUCGAGUUUCUUGAAGAGAGGACAGAUGAGGAGAAAGUAGUGGAAGAAAGUAGUGGGUUCGCGUUUUACAUUGGAAGAGAAAACCGACGAAACGUGGUCGUCCUCCAACCCCUAUUGGAGAGAUGCUUUGUCUCGUUUUUCAGGUUUCGCGUUCGUUUACACACACACACACACGAAUGAUCUCUCCGAUCCAUCGUCGUAAUAAAAAAAGGAAAAAAAGAGGAGGAGGAGGAGGAGGAGGAGGAGGAAGAGAUCGAGGGAAAUUCAACGCGUUUGCUAAUUAUCCCUGGAAUAGGAACGCGAGAACGGCGAACACGUCACGGUGAACGUUCUAGAGAACGAUUUAAACGAAAAUUUAAAGGAAGAUUAAAAAAAAAAAAGAAAAUUAGAUUAUAUUGUAUACUACUGACGAGCGUUGUACGCUCGUGUACACAUUUACAUCGACUGUGAUUAUAACGGAUAUAAUUAUUAAGUCUUUCAGAAAGAAUACCGAGUUCUAUCUAAACGCACGGGGUACAGAGAAUUGGUUAUGGGAGAAACCGAGUUCGAGAGAUUUAGAGGGUCCUCGAGAUCGGUAAGUUCAAACGUGUGACGAUUAAUCGCUUUCGAUAUUUUUUUUUCCUUUUUUUUAAGAAAAAAAAAAAUUCUAAAUUUUCGAGCUAUAUAUUUUUUCCAUCUAAAGGAAUCGAGUUACAACGCGAAACAAUUUCGAUCGUUUCGUUUCUUUAACGAGCCACGUUUUUUUUUUUUUUUUUUUUUCCCUCCCUCGAGAAAAAUGAAUUUUACACAGUCAGGCAGGUGGUAAGCGUGGAAUCGAAAAGGGAACGAUCGAAAUUUCAAAUCGAGUUCAUUUAGUUUGACCGGUGAAAAAAAGAAGCGAUUAAUUUCGGAUGGGGGACGAGCGAUCGGCUCGUUCCAUCAGAAAUUCAUCGGGUCGCGUGUCUGAACUGCGAUAUCGAUCUCUCGAGGACAGAGUUAAUCGGAUAGGCGAGGUCGGGAUAAGAUGAACGAGUAAAAGGAAAAGAAAGAGGAGAAAGGGGAGAAAAAUGCGAGAGAACGCCGAGAACGCAACGCCGAGAAACGUUUCGAACGAUGGAGAUAAACGACGGGGAUCGUUGCAUCCAUACCUGAAACGAUAAGAGAGAGAAAUCGAAUGCGAACAAAAAGAAGAAAUAGUCGGUAGAAGGAAGGAACAACAGGUAAUAUCGUUUAGGGGGGGAGGGGGGGGGGAACAAUAACGGGAGAAAGAAAAAAAAAGAACGAAUUAAAAGAAGAAAAGGAGGAAACGACGAAGAUAAGAGAACGAACGUAAUCUCCAGACGUAACGCAAUAAGUGCUUCGUUAAAAUGAAAAAAAAAAAACCUGCAAUAAAGUGCUUCGAAAAUAAAAUAAACCAAAUAAAUAAAAUAAAUAAAUAAGUAAAUAAAUAAAAUAAACGAAUAAAUAAAUUAAAAGUAUAAAAUCGUAGUUGAUUAUCGAGCGAGAGGAUUAACGGAGCAGAGGUAUCGUUUAAACGCGAACCUUAAGGUUAAAUUAAUUAUUACGUACGCGUCGCGCGAGAACAAAGAAGGGAGGAUAAAAGAAAAAUAAACAGAGAUAAAUAGAAGAGCACGCGUAGUAGAAGAAGAAGAAGAAGAAGAAAAAGAGACGAAUAUUAAAAGAAAAAAAAAGAAGAAAAUAAAACAAUGUGUGUUUGUAUGUUUCUAUGUUUAUAUAAUCCCCGCGUGUGAGAGCGAGGCCGUAGAAGAUCUAUCGAGACGCACAAGCGAUUAAAAACGAA